CAAAUCUUCAGUUUUUUCCUAUUUAACAUUAAAAAUGUUGGUGUGACACUGUGACAUUGUUAACAAUAAUCACUGAUUAUCCCUAAGUUUUUUCAUCUACGAAUAAAAAUUGCGAUUCCAGCCUAAUAAUAAUAUUUUCCCACGAGUCACGACGCUGUGAUGAUUUCUCCUUUAUAGUCUUUACUUCUUCCUUACUACAGGCACCGAGGAAAACCCUUUAAUCAUUUAGUCACCAAAUCUCCGUUCUGUUUUUUUUUGUUUCCCUCUCUCUGUUUCAGUAUUCGUCUUCUUCUUCAAGGUCACGGCCAAAACCAUUUUUGAGGUUCUUCACGAGAUUCUUUCUAGGGUUAAAGCAGCAUUUGCAUAAAUACAAGGUGUUUUGGUGACAAGUGACAAAAGGCUGAGAUGGGCUCUGGGAAUUUGUUCAAGGCAAUAAUCGGAUCGAAGAGAGGGAAACAAAGGAGCAGCAAGAGCGAGAAGGGACUUUCCACUCCUGUAAAAUCAAAAGCUUCCAAGAAAAACACUACUCUGGUUAUUCGUAGCGAGGAUUGGGCUGCAACUCGAAUUCAGUCUGCGUUUAAAGCCUAUAAGGCUAGAAAAAUCUUGCGGCGUCUAAAAGGAACUGCAAGAGCAAAGUUGUUAUCCGAGAAACCUUCCGUGGAGAAGCAAGCGGUGAUUACAUUGAGGUAUCUUCACUCAUGGAGUAAAAUACAGUCGCAGAUAAAGGCUCGCCGAGUUUGCAUGGUCACAGAAAGCCGGCUGAUGCAUAAAAGAUUAGAGAAUCAGCAAAAGCUUGAGGCUAAGCUUCACGAUGUUGAGGUUGAAUGGAAUGGUGGAUCAGAGACAAAAGAUGAGAUCUUGGGGAGGAUACAUCGAAGGGAAGAAGCGACGAUCAAGCGAGAAAGAGCUUUGGCUUAUGCUUUCUCUCAUCAGUGGAAAGCUGAUGGUAAGACUCAAUGGCUGGGGAGUUAUGAGCUGGGGAAUACUAAUUGGGGAUGGAGCUGGAAAGAGCGUUGGAUAGCUGCUCGGCCUUGGGAAGUAAGAUACUCUUUGACUCCUAAAAAACCAAAGAGCUCAAAGACAGUUUGUAGCAAGAGUGAGACUAAAUCAAACUCACCGGCAAAGAGAGUAGCGUCAUUAUCAUCAGUUUCAUGCAAAGCUCCGUCUCCUGGAGCUAGAAACGCAGUGAAACCAAGGAGAUUGUCAUUUCCCGGCGCGUGAUGAAGUGAAGUUAAAUUUGGUGUGCGUAUAAGAUACACACGUACAUUAUCCUUACAAAGAGGAAUGAGACUUGUUAAGAUUAAAAAGGGUGUAUUUAUUUUGGUCUCUGUUUUGUCUCUGCUGUGAUGUAAAUAUAUUUGUUAUGUAGGCGACGAUGGGUGUGAAUGUGAUUCUAAGUUUGUUUUGAAAUACAUGCAAUUGUUUGUCUCUGUCUCCAUAGCAAUCCCAAGGAUUAGGCAAUUCCAACGCUUUACAAUUACAAUUGAAGUUGUAAGUUGUAACUAUUGUCUCUGUUUCCAUAGUAAUAAUCCCAAGCAGUGGAUCUUCAAAAUUUGUAUGUAU